AUGGCCCUAACGCCGCCGGUGGCACUCCGCAGACCACCGGACUUAGUCCAAGAGGAGCGUCUCUCACCCAGGAACAAGACCCAACUGGAAUCAACACCUAAUUCCAUUCGUAGCUCUUCGUAUAUCGACUACAACACUGCGACCCCUGUAGAGAUUUCAAAGGAACAGCUAGCUUGGGCACAAAAAAUCAUCUCCUGGUCACAAAAUAAAAGCAAUGGUGAAACUCAGGGUAAAGACGCGGAGUCUGAUUCUAAACAAUUAUAUACACAACAAAUCUCAAACGAUUUCACACUUCCAAUCGGAAAAUCUGGGGAUACCCAAGGUGACUCGGAUACUGAGAGUGGUUCUUCUGAUAAAGAGUUCUCUAACUCAGAUGAGAACUUCUUGAAUUUGAAGAGAUUCGACACAGGUACACAAAAUGUGGAGGACUCGGCGAGCGUAUCAACUGGUGCUGGAAAUGCCUCACAGGAAAGGAUCUUGAAACAGUCGAAUGUCAACAGUAAAGAAACGACAAGGAGCAAUAUCCAAAUCAAUCCAAGUAAGAGUGUAUCUAUUCCGAUUGAACAUAAGUCGAAAGAGGUAACCCAUUCUGUACAACAAGAGGUUAAAAAUAAUAAGGAAAAUGAGGGUGAAAAUGAGUUGAAUCCUAUCGCUAUAGAAACUGAUACUCAGGACAAUAUAGGAAAAACUGAUGCAUGUAAUAACAGUACCAAGAUUAAUCAUAACAAUUCAGCAUCUAACAAGACUCAACUCCCUCAUGAUCUUACCAAGCUAACAUCCAACUUUGUUAAACACAACCCUCAGUAUAAACCAAAUAUGCAGAAUUCAAAUGACAAACCUCCCACAAAACCAAAACAGCUACCUCAGUUGUAG